CUCUAUGACCUCCACUGUAGUUGACUGCUGAUAUCUGUACCUACAAAUCUAAUAGGUUCACUCCAGUGGUUACACCAGUGUAAACAUAAUACAUUUUUCAUCCAUACUCAUUAAUUCAUAAUUUUACACACUUCUCUUGAUAAAUACCUCAGAUGUGCAAGUGUUUUAUCCAUCAAUCAAAUUGACCCAAUACUUUUUCUAUCUAAGACAGCUGUGGGUGGGGAGCUGUUGAGCCUCUUGCAUAGGGCAACAGAAAAGGAUUCACAGGGAAGCAAAGCUUAAGGGAAGGGACCUGGAGUGAGCCCCUCUAUCCGCUCUGGAGGACGGGCCCUUAAAAUAAGGAUGACUGCCCUGGUUUGUCUCUGCAUGGCUGUGAUGGGAGACCACCAGGUAAGAUCAGAAUAGGAGGCUGAACUGGGAAGCAAUUCCAACAAAUCAACCAUGGUUAGCUACAUCAGUAGAUAUAAGGUAUCUUGCCUCUGUUAUCUCUAGGUGCUAAAUAAUAAGCGAUAAAUACAUCAAUAUGUGAAUAAAAAAUAGUCUCUUAAUACAUACAUUAAAAUACAUUAAAAUGGGUUGUCCCAAGUCAACCAGCAGAUAAUCACAUCAAUAAAUUGCAAGGCAUAAUGGCCACACUGUGUUAAAUAAUAGCAAUAUACCAAUACAUGAAUACAUAUACAUAUCAAUACAUAUAAAGGUAGUCCUGGAGUCCACUUAGAAUUCAUCCAGCUGCCCACUUCCAUCUCCAUGGCGUCCAAGGAAGGGGCGGCCUAGAGGUCCCCAUACCAGGGCUGACCCAAUGCUGGCCUCCGGCCAAUCCCUGGCCUUAGGAGCUGGGCACAGAGCCCAGGGACAUGGGGCAGCAGAAAUCAAAGACCAGGCUUUGUAAGCAAAGGAUCCUCAGUGAUAGGAUGGGAGACCACUAGGAGAGGGGAAGGGGGUGGCGAGAGGGCAAUGGGGCUGCUGGUGGGCUACUGCUAAGGCAGGGCUUCCCUCAGACCCUCCCUCUCCUUCUUUUCUUCCUUCCUUUGUCAAGAAGGGACAAACAGAGGGUGAGACCACGACCCAAGACAGGAAACCACCACCAGGGGUCGGGAGGAGGGGGAAGGGGAAGAUUUCAAUGCAGACAACAGUCUAAGCUCCUUCCCCGAUUACUCUCCUUGCCUGGGGAGGAGGGGAAGAGAGGGGGAAAGGGGUCGCUCCGGAGGAGCCUGGCGAGAAGAAUUAGGAGGGCCUCGCUGUGGCUGCGUUCACACAAUAGGCGCAACCAGGUCGUUCGCAGGCUGAAGGUCGCUGUCCCUGGUCCCACGGAUUAGGCUCCGUAUUGUGGGCAAAGUUUGCCUAGACGCCUCUCUCUUGCCGAGACGUUGCAGUUUGUGCAACAGACAGUGCAGUUUCACCCUCCCCUCCACUUCUGUUGCUGUUUCCAUUGGUUUGUUUAAGGCUUAGGGCGUGGCGGAAAACUUAGAAAUCUGAGCUCCGUCGGUGGACGGAGAUGCUUUCAGCUUCUGGGCGCGAGGUCUUCGGUGCGGGGGGGGCGGAGGGCCACGUGGUCGGAGGGCGAUGGAGCUGUCCUGGGCGCCCCUCUGGCUCCUGUGGGCUGUGUUGGAGUCCUCCGUGCCGGGGAGCCGCUGCGGCUCCCCCAGGCACUCUUUGUGCUAUUCCUAUCUGAGGGUGUCAGAAUCCAGCCAGGGACUGCCGGAGUUCCUCUCCAUGGUCCACCUGGAUGAUCAGCCCAUCACUCAAUAUGACAACAACACCAUGAAGAUGGUACCCUGGUUGGAGAUGGUGGAUACAACGAUCCUCGUGGCCCUUGAAAGGGUGUUUGGGGCUGACCUGGAGUGGCUAUCAAAACUCAACCACAAGGCUGGAGGGCUUCACACCUGGCAGGUGAGUCUGGGCUGUGAGCUCAAAGAAGACGGGAGCAAAGGAGGGUUUUUGCAUUAUGGCUACAAUGGGAUGGACUUCAUCAGCUUCGAGAAGGAGACCCUGAGAUGGGUGACAGCUCAGCCCCAGGCCCAGAAGGUCAAGGAGAAGUGGGAAGAUGAUACAAGGAAGUCCCAGAGGAAUAUAAUCUACCUGGAGGAGACCUGCAUUAACAUGAUGCAGAAAUACCUGCCUUACCAGAAGGAGGCUCUUCUUCAGACAGAGCCCCCCGUGGGGAAAGUGACUCACAAGGUGAUGGACGACAGCCUGGAGAUCCUCAUCUGCCAGGCCUUUGGCUUCUACCCCAAGGAGAUCCAGGCCACCUGGAUCAGGGAUGGAGAAGUCUGCCACAAUGAGACCCUCCAUAGGAACGUGGCCCCCAACUCAGAUGGGACCUAUUAUGUCCAGCUCAGCAUUGAGAUCGACCCCAAGGAGAGGGACCACUUUCGGUGUUACCUGGAGCACGAGGGCUUGCAGGAGCCCCUGGUCUUGUCCUGGAAGGAGGAAACAGAGCCCCCAGUGGGGAAGGUGACCCGCAAGGUGGUGAAUGACAGCCUGGAGGUCCUCAUCUGCCAGGCCUUUGGCUUCUACUCCAAGGAGAUCCAGGCUACCUGGAGGAGGGAUGGGGAGGUCUGUGAAUACGAGACCCUCCAUAGGAACGUGGCCCCCAACUCAGAUGGAACCUAUAAUGUCAAGCUCAGCAUUGAGAUCGACCCCAAGGAGAGGGACCAUUUUCAGUGUCACCUGGAGCAUGAGGGCUUGCAGGAGCCCCUGGUCUUGUCCUGGAAGGAGGAAAUAGAGCCCCCAGUGGGGAAGGUGACCCGCAAGGUGGUGAAUGACAGCCUGGAGGUCCUCAUCUGCCAGGCCUUUGGCUUCUACCCCAAGGAGAUCCAGGCCACCUGGAUGAGAGACGGAGAGGUCUGCCAGUAUGAGACCCUCCAUAGGAACGUGGCCCCCAACUCAGAUGGAACUUAUAAUGUCCAGCUCAGCAUUGAGAUCGACCCCAAGGAGAGGAACCAUUUUCGGUGUCACCUGGAGCACGAGGGUUUGCAGGAGCCCCUGGACUUGGCCUGGAAGGAGGAAAAAGAUACGUGGUCAUUUCAUUCGGUGGGAGUUGUGAUGAUCAUAAUCUUGGGAGCUGUGAUUCUCUUCCUGACCUGGUGGCUGUGGGCAGAAGACAGAGCUAAGGGAAGGAGAGAAAAGAUCUCUGAAGGCUUCCCCAGAUGCCUAUUCAGACAAGGUGGAAGGAGCAGCUCUGGAGAUUUCCGAGGGGGCCCAUCAGAGGAACAACCAGUGGAGCACCUGGAUGAAGAGGAAAUGGGAGAGAUGCAGCUGCAGCUGGAGGGCUCACAGACCCAGCCAGAAGCCCAGGAUGGAGAAGGAUUGAAGCUGCAGCUGAUCAGAAAGGAUGAGAAGAACCUGUUGAGUAGGACUGAACAGAAGGAGGCGCAAUGGAGGUCGGUCCAUUGCCUCUUUCCUCCUAAGGAGUAAUACAAGCAUACCCCUCCUUAGUCCAAGAUUUGCACAAUGCAGUGUUAGAAACAACCACACAUUUGCCCUGCCAUGCAGGUACUGUCACUUUGUGGCUGCUGUUUACAUGACUUCCAGCCUGCACUCCAUGUGGGUUCACCGACAAAUGCGCAAUAGACUUUUCUGCGCCAACAGAACUGCGAUGGACAAAUGCGCACCGUCAAAACUGCUAAUCGAUUUCCGACAAUAACGUGCCAACAGAUGCGCACCGACAAAAUGGCGUGCUGGGGCUUUAACAGAUGGAACAGGUGGAACGCGUAUAAGUACGUUAUAACGGUCAGCACUCACCAACUGUAUAAGACGUUUGAGUUAUACUGCAGCCAUGGAUAUUAUUAAGUCACAGAAAGGAAAACAACUGUUGUAUGAAGGAUAUCGAUAUCAACGUGACAAGUUAAACCAAGAUGGAUCGUCUUCGCGGAGGUGCAUUAAAAGAGAGUGUGCCGGCAGACUUAAGAAGAAAACAGACGGGAUGUUACAAACAAGUAUUGAACACAUGCAUGCUCCAGAUACCGCAAAAAAUGAAAAAAUAAAAGGGACUAUACGCGAACGAGCUGAAAAUGGUGUGGAAAAACCUCGUCAAAUUAUUGUGAACAGCACAGCCGGAGUCUCGCUGGAAGCAAGUCUAAAUACGUGCAACUAUCAAGACGUCUUGCUGCAAUUCUUCCUACAUAUGCAGGGCAUGAUUGUACAGAUUAUCUGCAUGCUGUAUGUCAUAUUGACAUCUAAAUUAAUUCAAAAUAUUUAUUGACAUAAUUUUUAAUAAUAAAUUUUUAUUGCUGAGUUUUUAAAUUAUUUAGUGACAUAAUAAACUUUUACUGCUGAGUUAUUUAGUGAUAUAAUAAAUUUCUACUGCUUUUAAA